ACUAAAAGAAGCCAAAAAUCCGAGGACUUGAAUAGCUGGUUGCCGGUGACGGCAUCUAGGGAAGGAAGAUGGUGGUACUCAGCCUUCCACAAUGUCACAGCCAUGGUUGGCGCCGGUGUCCUGGGCUUACCAUUCGCGAUGUCCCAGCUCGGUUGGGUUCCCGGGAUCGCAGCAAUCGCAGUUUCCUGGGUGGUCACGUAUUAUUCAUUGUGGCAGAUGAUUGAACUGCAUGAACAUGUGCCGGGGAAGCGAUUCGAUCGAUACCCUGAACUGGGGCAGCAUGCUUUCGGUGAAAAGCUUGGCUACUGGAUUGUGAUGCCUCAACAGAUGUUGGUUCAGGUGGGCUCAUGCAUUGUGUACAUGGUAACCGGCGGGAAGUCACUGAAGAAGUGUGCUGUUCUGCUCUCUGCGCAGAUCGGUUCGAUUCCGCAGACUUAUUUCAUCAUGUUCUUCGCUGCCAUACAACUGAUAUUGUCCCAAACCCCUAACUUCAAUUCCUUGAAAGUGGUUUCGUUGAUUGCUGCAAUCAUGUCUUUCUGUUAUUCAAUAGUGGCUUCGGUUGCUUCAGUAGCGAGGGGCAUCAAUCACCACCAGCAUGUUAGACAUGGCAUCCGUUCCCAUUCUACGGCGGGCAUAGUGUUCGAUAUGUUCAAUGCCCUCGGCACUGUUGCCUUUGCAUUCGCAGGGCACAGUGUGGUGCUCGAGAUUCAGGCGACGAUCCCUUCGACCCCAGACGAACCAUCGAAGAAGCCGAUGUGGCGAGGAGCCAGAUUUGCUUAUAUCAUUGUUGCCAUAUGCUAUUUUUCUGUGUCAAUUACUGGAUUCUGGGCUUUUGGUGAUCUUGUGGAGGAUGAUGUCCUAGUUUCACUAGAAAAGCCCCGCUGGAUCAUUGCCCUUGCCAAUUUCAUGGUCUUCCUCCAUGUCUUAGGGAGUUAUCAGGUUUUUGCAAUGUCAGUGUUCGAUACGCUAGAGUCUUACUUAAUUCUGAAUCGGGGACUCAAUCCAGGACUACCCCUUCGUGUAGCUGCUCGUAGUUUAUUUGUUGCUUUGACAGCAUUUAUUGGAAUUUCUCUGCCAUUUUUCGGUGGAUUACUAGGGUUUUUCGGAGGGCUAGCAUUCUCGUCCACUUCAUAUUUUAUUCCAUGUUUUAUGUGGCUUGCUCUCAAGAAACCAGAAAGAUGGAGCUUUCACUGGACUGCAUCAUGGAUUUCAAUUGUUGUUGGCGUUCUAAUAACCAUCCUUGCCCCUAUUGGAGGAUUACGAACUAUCAUCAUGUCUGCAAAAACUUACAAGUUUUUUUCUUAG